CAAACGACACUGGACUGGCUGGAGAGAGACGCAUGGCAAACGACACUGGACUGGCUGGAGAGAGACGCAUGGCAAGCAACACUGGACUGGAGUAUCGACAACGAGCAGGACACGGUAAAAAUCAAGAUGCAAGAGAUAAAUUUGGUGAAAGGAGAUACUUAAAGGAGGCAACUGUGAUUGUGAAUGUGGAGAAUUUAAGUGAGGUGAGGGCUGUGGAUAUUAUCAAAGCGGUGACUGACAAAUGUGGAUAUGGGGAAAUCUUGGCACUAAGGCCAAGACAAGGAAAAGAAUACGAGCUCACAAUGGAAAAAGAAGAAACUUGUGAUAAGCUGACUGAGGGAUUGUUAAUAAAUGGAGUGAACUGUGAGAUAAAAAAACUUCAAAACAGAGAUUAUGUUGUCUCUUUCAUGCAUCUGCCCGUCUACCUUGCUGAUGAAGAGAUUUUAAAUAAACUGGAGGUUUGGGGGGUUUCCCCAAUUUCAAAAAUAAAGCGGCGUGUAUAUCCGGGCACCAGCAUUGAGGAUGGGACAAGAUAUGUAAAGGCGCGGUUCCCGAAGGAGGUGGCCUCCCUCCCUUACAGCACAAAAAUAGAGACGGCAGAGGGUCCACAAUAUUUUCGGGUGAUGCACAGCCAUCAGGUGAAGACUUGUCGGCUGUGCAUGAGCCCAGACCAUGUGGUGAAGGACUGCCCAGAGUUCACGUGCCAUAAAUGCGAGGAGAGAGGCCACUUCGCAAGAAAUUGCAACGCUGUGACGUGCCCGGAUUGCAAUUUGGUUUUAAAUAAGUGUGAGUGUUGGAUGCAGGGUGAGGAGGAGGAGCAGCAGGUGGGCGGGCAGGUGCAUGAAAGAGACAACGAGCAGCGAGACGAUGGAGAAAGAGUUCGAGGUGAAGGACUGGAAUUAAUUAAGGAUAUGGAACAACAGAAAGAGUGUACCGAACCGAUUAUACAAACACAACAGGAGGGGGGAAUUUGGACACAGAUGGAUUUGACUGACAGCUUGCAAAAUGCUUUGGAUACUAUGGAACUGGAUGAUGAAAGGAAUAAAGUAUUGAGUGAUGCACAACAGGAGGGAAUUUUAUGUACACCGAUGGAUGUGACGGACAGUGUGCAAAAGGAGAUGGACGCAGUAGAAAUUAAUGAUGCUACAAAAGAGUGUGAACAAGGACAAGAAAAUGAGGAGACGCAGGGGAAAUCAUCAAAAAGAAGAAGAUCUGUGAAGAAUAGUGACUUUUAA